AUGAAGCAUGUAAGGCAUUUCGCCCCAUCUUUAUUUCUCAAUUUGGUGCAUGUUUGCCUGGCUCAGGCAAAUUAUGCCCCCUACUUCUUUGAUAAUGGAGCCAGCAGCACUAAUGGGAACAUGGCACUUCUCAGCCUUUCAGAAGACACACCUGUUGGUACACAUGUGUACACUCUGAAUGGAACCGACCCAGAAGGAGAUCCUGUGACCUACGGAAUGACCUAUGAAACUGGGUCAAGAAGUUACUUUGCCAUUGAUGCAAAUUUUGGAAAUGUCACCUUGAUUGAGGAGCUUGAUAGAGAGAAAGAAGAUGAGAUUGAAGUUAUAGUCAGUAUUUCAGAUGGCCUGAGUACAGUUGCUGAAAAAGUCCGAAUCCUUGUUACAGAUGCUAAUGAUGAGAGUCCAGAAUUUAUCAACACACCUUACAUAGUCCAAGUCCCAGAGAACACUCCCUCGGGGAGCAGUAUCUUUAAGAUCGAGGCAGUGGACAAAGACACGGGUUCCGGGGGAAGUAUCACCUACUUCUUGCAGAACAUCCGUACUAAUAAGUUUACCAUAGACCGACACAGUGGUGUUCUUCGCAUCAAAACAGGGAUCACUCUAGACUAUGAAAAAUCAAGAACCCAUUUUGUCACCGUGGUAGCAAAGGACGGUGGUGGGAAGCUCAGGGGAGACAACAAGGUGUUUUCAGCCACAACCACAGUCACUAUCAAUGUGGAGGAUGUUCAGGACACCCCUCCCAUGUUCAUUGGGACUCCCUACUAUGGCUAUGUCUAUGAGGACACCCUGGUGGACUCUGAGGUACUAACAGUUGUUGCUCUUGACGGUGACCGAGGAAAGCCUAAUAAUAUCCAUUACUGUCUUGUGAAUGGAAGUGAAGGAUCUUUUGAAAUAAAUAAUACGACUGGAGCUAUUUCUGUUAUAAAAAACCCAAGUAGACUAAAGAAAGAAGUGUAUGAACUAAAAAUUCAGGCAUCAGAAAUAAGUCUAUAUGGUGAUGUGACAGCAUAUGCUUUUGCCACCGUGACUAUAAGGGUCGUCGACCUCAACAACCACCCACCAACUUUCUAUGGAGAAAAUGGGCCCCAGAAUCGGUUUGAAUUGACAAUGUAUGAGCACCCACCCGAGGGUGAAAUCCUGAGGGGCCUGAAAAUUACUGUCAACGAUUCAGAUCAGGGGGCCAAUGCUAAAUUCAAUCUCCGGCUAGUUGGACCCGGUGGCAUUUUCCGAGUUGUUCCCCAAACGGUGCUGAAUGAGGCUCAGGUUACCAUAAUAGUGGAGAACUCUGCUGCCAUAGAUUAUGAGAAGUUCCAGUUGUUAACCUUUAAGCUUCUUGCCAUAGAGGUGAACACUCCUGAGAAAUUUAGCUCAACGGCGGAUAUAGUGAUACGUCUCUUGGACACCAAUGACAACGUCCCAAAGUUCUCAUCUGACUAUUACAUUGCCAGGAUUCCAGAGAAUUCCCCAGGGGGGUCCAAUGUAGUGGCUGUUACAGCUACAGACCCAGAUUCGGGACUCUGGGGAGAAGUCAAAUACUCCAUAUAUGGAACAGGAGCUGAUCUAUUUCUAAUCCAUCCAUCAACAGGAAUUAUUUAUACCCAGCCAUGGGCCACAUUAGAUGCUGAAGUCACUGCAAAAUACAACUUCUAUGUGAAGGCAGAAGACACAGAUGGGAAGUAUAGCUUGGCUGAGGUGUUUAUCACUGUGCUAGAUGUUAAUGACCAUUCUCCAGAGUUCAAUGAGAACAUCCAGGAAAAGACCAUGAUCAUUGGAUCACCAGUGAAAAUAGAGGCUAUAGAUCAAGAUGCAGAAGAACCCAACAACAUUGUAGACUAUUCUAUUAUGCAAGCAGAUCCAGCCAAUGUAUUUGAUAUAGAUCAAAGCACUGGGGAAAUAAAGCUGAAGUCCUAUAUCAGGUCCCUGGAUAUCAUUCACAACAUCACCAAGAACAAAGACUGCAUAUGGUCUGUGGUAGUUCAAGCCAAGGACCGGGGUUCCCCUUCAUUUAGCACGACGGCAGUACUGAAGAUUGAUAUUACAGAAGAGACUCUUCACAAAGGGCCAAUGGCCGCCUUUUUGAUGCAAACUAAAGAUAACCCCAUGAAAGCCUUAGGAGUGCUAGCUGGUGUCAUGGGCGUAAUGGUGGUGAUCACAAUCAUGAUCUCUACUGCCAUGUUCUGGCGCAAUAAGAGAUCCAACAAAAUCAUGCCGGUGAGACGGAUCAUAAAAAAGAGACAGAUCCAUCAACCCAGGACGGUCAGGAUGGAGUGGCUGAAAUUCAAGUGGUCCAGCAAUCCUGCCGAGAAGUUUGCCAUUGAGGAUGACACACAGAGUCUGCAGAAUGAGAACAGCAACAAUAACGUCCAGGUGCCCACUCUGCCACCUACUGCCCCAGCCCUGCCCCCUCCCCCAGUUUUAGCGCCCAAGAUAAAUAGCACUGAGUGGAGAGUGACCACAGUGUCAGGCUCCCUAAGCCCCAAGUUUAUAAACAAGCCGGGGAAGAAAAAGGGCCCCGGCAGCACUCACCAUGCCCUGGUGUCAGAGCUCAAACAGAAGUUUGAAAAGAGGAACAUAACCAGCAACAACCCCCAUAUUUAGUGCAUCUGCAGCAGCCACUCAUGGAGAUCACAUAGCCAUGCAGUGUAUGGUGAGAGGUGCAUGGUGUUAUUGAUCUUUUCCAUUUGUUUCAAUACAAAAUGAACUAAAAGCCG